AUGGCCAACCCAGUCAACUGGCUCUUUCUCAUUGAGCUCAUUGUCGUGGUUAUCGUUGCUUCGGCCUUCCUCUUCUACUGGAACCGCAUCUUCGGCUCUUGUCUCGCCUUUGUCAUCCGCCUCAUCGCCUGGCGCAAGUACAAUGCGUACAUCGGCAUCGGAUCCUUCCAAAUAUCACCGCUUGCAGGCCGCAUCGCCUUCCGCGACGUAGAGUAUCAUUCCAGUAACCUCUCCUGCAGGAUCCUCCAUGGCAACAUUACGUUUCGGUACUGGAAACUGCACGUGCAGCACGAGGGCGACUCGCAAUCGUCCAACCCGAAGCGCGCACGUCUACCCUGCCGGAUCGCUGCCUACCUCGACGGUCUCGAACUCUUCUGCUACAAUAGAACCCCGGCGUACGAUGCGAUCGUCGAGCGGAUGAAGAAGCACGAGGCUGCGCAAGCCGCGCGAGAGAAGGCUGCAAGCGACCUAAGCCCGACCGAGAGCGCCAGCUCGAGUGCACAGCCACAGCGCACCACCGCGCGCCAGCGCCGCACUAACCACCUUUCCCGACAGUCGCAGUCGUCGCUACCGGCCGAGAGUGACAGCCCCGUAAGCGAAACACCCAAGCCGUUUGAGCACCAGCACCAUACGGAGGUUGAGGCGCUCAGCUGGUUCUUCGAGGCAUUUCCACUUGCGAUCAAGGUCAGCAGUGGCUCGGUCAUCCUCGGCUCAGACGCGACCCCGAUGGUCCUCAUCGUCGACUAUAAGCGCGCGAGGGGAAUCGUCGAGAUCUCAGAGUCGCGAUCUCAGUGUGACCUGUACCGCAUGUCAAUCAACAUGGCGCUCUCUGAUGUUCAUGUAUUGAUGCGAACCAACACCGACUACUCAGGACCGCUGCUCGCUCAUGGUAAGCGCAUCUACGACGACCUCGUCGAGCGGGAUAGUCGAAUCCAGCUGGAGCCACCAUCCGCCAUCUCGUCGUUUCCAGGAUUCCACUGGCUCGCGAAGCGCUUCGACUUCCUGUACGACCCGCGUCUCUCGGUGCCAGUAGUCGCCGGCCUGCCGGCAGACCGCGUUUGGAAGGGCCUGGCGCGCUACAGGCUACCAGAUGAGAAGGUCCAGGGCGUGCAGCUGCAAGACGAGGAGAACCAGUACGCCAAGGUUGCCACGAUUCUCUCGACCCGAGCUCUCGACUUCACGUACUAUUCGGACACACCGGGGUUGGUGCCGGAGAUCAUUGAACGUCUCGACGUCGACCGCACCGACACGAUCGGCAAUAUCGAGCUGCCGCCUGAGUGGGGAAUCGACGUCACUCUGCACGGCGGGAACGUAAACUACGGGCCGUGGACUGAUAGGCAGCGUGAUGCCCUGCAGAAGGCGUUCACGCCGUCCAUCUUCUUCGACACCGAACCCCGGACGCGCCUCAAGGCCGGCGACACGCGUCUGCAUGCGAGCCUCGCGGUCAACGUCAACAUGACGGAGAAAACGACGCUGCGCAUCCCCACCCGCGAGCCGUCCAAGGACUGGGAAUGGGACAAUGCCAAACCCGAGACGCAGCGGCGGUACGGCUGGCUCGAUGUUGAGAUCGGGCCAAACUCUUCUGUUGGGUACACACAGUCCCAGAUCGCGACGCCACAAGGGUACGACUCGAUACUCAUGUUUCACCUCGACUCGCUCAGUAUCGCGUCGAGCGUCAACUUGCAGACAUUCGUCGUCGCCAAGACAUGCAAGUUGUCCAUGACCAUGCCUAAUCCCCUCGUGUGGAAUGCCCAGCGGAACUGGGGCAUCGACAUUACCCUCGACACGCCAGAGAUCUGGCUGCUCCGCGAGCACGUCGCCCUCAUCUCCGACCUCUCCAAAGACUGGAGCUCUGGGACCGGUGGCGAAUUCCGACACUUUGUGCCCAUGCACUACAGCUUCCGUUUCUCCUUAAUCAAACACAUCAUUCACCUCUACAUCAACGACUUUAAUAUUGUGGACGUCCCCCGCUCCAAAGACCACAAUGCUUUCCUUGACAUCAAGGGCCCGCGCUUGGACGCAUAUGUCGCUGUCGCGUCUACUAGAUACCGCCCUGAGUUUUCCGUCGUGCCGUUCACGGUCGAUGCGAAGAACGCCGUCAUCGAGCUCUCUCUCCCCAGCUGGGAUACGCAUCGCUCGUUCGGAACUCCUCCAUCAGUCGAAGUGGGCCGGAUAGGCGAUAUAAGGGUAUCGGGUUCGUACCGCUACUAUGCUCGACCGCAACCCGACCACGUCGAGAAGCUCGAGCUGCACAUCGAGGCAGAGAACGUCGCCUUCCUCGCCCUUGGCUGGGCCGUCCGCCGCAUAUUCUGCGUUAAGGACAACUACUUCGGCGAGUUCACCCAGUUCUCCACUAUGCAGGAGUUCCUCGAGAAGUUCGACCACAGCCCCGACUCCGUUGGCGAUCCCAUCCUAGAGAAGUAUCGCCCCGGAAAAUCCGAUCCCUUUGCCGUCCACCUGACAGUAGACGUGCGCGACUCGCUCAUACUGAUGUCCGACGAGAUUUACGGCACCACCAAGGGCAUCGCCAUCCCCAUACCCCAGCUCCAACUUGACCUAAAGAAUAACGAGUACCAGAUGGAUAUGGCUCUCGAUGUUGCCCCAACCUAUGUUGUUGCGUGUAAUAAUAUCGCACAGAGCUACAAGGAGCUCUCUGCGCCUCUCCAACGAGACCAAGACGUUGUAUUUGUAGAAGGUAUUGAAAUCAAGGCAAACCGCCUCUUCGGGCCACAGCCUGAAGCUACCACUUACGUGUGUCUGUGGGAGAUCUCAGUCUCCCACGUAUCCGCAUUCCUCUCGCCGGCGUUCAAGGAGACGCUCGCAUCCGUGGGCACAGCCGUCGGAUACAACUGGAGCGACCGCGACAAUGCGCCAGCGUCCGUUUACAUUGCCGAGACGCCGCCGGACGCGACGUUUGUCAAGGUAUCGGUUGCCCGUAUCACCGCUCUGCUCUCGUCAGGCAACUCGGGCGUGGCUGUCGAGCUGCCGAAGGGCCUGUUCAUCGACACGAGUUCGAUGGCGUCGAAGUCAUGCAGGUCCGUGAUGGGCCUCGGCGUACCAUGUGUCGCAGUACAUGUGCUGCACCGACUCAAACAGUCCAAGCGUUGGGAGCCAGUCGGAUCCGUCUCCGCGGGCCUCUCACUUGACAUCUACGAAAUGCCGAAGGGCUGGGAGGAGGAAGCUGCCGAGCAACAGAAGUUCCUGCAGAAGGAGGACGAGCCGACGCGGCGGAUACCGUACCUGUACGGUGGCCACGACGACCACUCCGCAGGAAGCCACCGCUUCGAUGUGUACUUACCCCGACCGCAGCUUGUGGAGGUCCCCGCAAUCGAUCCCUCGCCAGAAGCUGUCGAGGAUGAACCCCUUUACGAGUCCUCCGACUCGAACCCCAACAGCGACGGCACCUGGUAUUCUGUCUCGCGAUCGCGCAUUGGGCGGCGAAAGCGUGCUCAGACCGUGACUCGCGAGGACCGCUUCUCGUCGCUUGACGAUGAGGGCUCGACGUCAUCCAAGUCCCAUAAUUCAUCCACUCCUAUGGACGAGAUCCCUUCCGAUGAGGUGAUCACGACCGCUCGCCCUUCAAAGUCGGAGGACAUGGCGACAGUACUGGAAGACCGCCUUAACAGCAUCCGGAAGAUUCAGCUACGCGCUGCGCGCCUUUUCAACUACCCGUCCGAAUCGCCGCGAGCGUCGUGCGGCGUGGACGGGAAGGGAGAGCCGUUCAUUCCGCUGACCAUUGCAGACGGGAGCAUAAUGCGUAUCAACCUCGACAAGACGGUCGUCGAGCUCAACCCGGACACGCUCCGCGCUGUCGCAAACGUCUCGGGUGGGAUGAGCACCGCCGCUGUCCGGCGUGAAGUGCUUCUUGACAAGCUCCUUGACGAUCACGUCACAGCAGUUCGCAAGAGUGCGAAAACGACGAGCUCGACCCUCUACGACGUGACAGUGCCGCAGAUCGACCUCCACCUCGUGCUGGGCUGCUUCCAGCACCCCGAAUCCAUCAUCCACUGCACGCUGGACGCGCCUGCGAUCCGGUUCCUCGAGACGCCUGUCCCGGACAGCACGGCGUCAAGUACGUCAGCGACCGCCGAGGUGCGCGGCUUCUGCCUGACGCUCCUGAAGCAGGACACGUCGCACAAUGUCGUGUCCCUCAUUGACGUGCCGAACUUUGACACUGCCCCCCGCGGCGACGACAUUCUGCCGUUUGCUCGUGUCUCCGCGACCCGACUCAGCGCGACGUUAAACGAGGAGCCGGGAAAGAAGACUGUCCAGUUCAAGGCCCUGGACUGCAUGUUCCAGGCUGCUACCCCUGGUAUCCCUGUCACGUCCUACCUCAUCGACACGUGGCGGCCCGUGGUCGAGACACUUCCUUCACACCGUCCGGACCUCACAGUUGCCGACGUCAUCUACGAUGUGCUCUCCGAUGCCAUCGAUGAGGGCUUGGCAAUGUCCCUACCAAGCUUCAUGUAUGAGAGCUCGUACGCCCUGCAGUUCAACGACCAGCGGGGCUUGCGGCACGACAUUGGCUGGUUCACCAUCGCACGUCUGCGACACUGGAUGCACAUGGAGCGACAACGCCGCGAUCCCGCUGAACAGCGUCCAUCUGAGGAGCAGAUGUCCAAGAAUGUUGUCGAGUGGCUCCUCCGCCUCGACGAGCCGACUGUCAACGAACACGUCCUGUUCUCCCAGCCUUACCUCCGCAAGGCGUUUGGGAAGUACCUGGACCGUGCAGGACUCACGCCUGAAUCACGCAUGGACACGUCCGUAAACAUCUUCUUCGGCAUUGACGCUCUCCUGGUUCGUCAUUACGGCCGCCUCCUCGAGACGGGUGCAAUCGCCGCCAGUGUGAUCACUAUUGAGAACGUGACGUUCGGUAGCGAGCGGCACAAGGUGUGGGAGGGUGACAUGCCCAUGACCACCGUCCAGGCGUUGGUCACUGUCGGCCGCGUUGCUGUCGACCUGCACAACAGUAUCGUCAGCGUCUACGACGCCGUUCUUGAACAUGUCGACACACACCGCGAGGCGAUCCACGAGCUGCCCAUCGUCCAUGCUGUCGACCAGGGGUCGAGAGUGGUCGUCGACGUCCAUCUAGGUGAUAUGUCUGCGGCGAUCUCGGCUGGUGGGAUGCGUGUCGACGUCACCUUUGCGGGAGCCCAGGGGUCCACCACGAUUGAGCGCAGCCGGCAAACUGAGGGCGUGGCAGACACACACUGGGUCGAGCGCAGUUCCGUCCUACUCAACUGCCAGUCUGUACGCGCCACGCUCCGCGAAUCUGUCGAUACCAUCCCCGACGACACGGAGCGCGAUUUGGUCGUCGUCGAAGUCCGUGGGGUCGGGUGCACCGCCGACUCGAGCAUGGAUAACUUUGACCCCAAGGGUGGCUCGGCGCGCUUGGCAUUCAACGUUGACGCAUUCGAGUUUGACUCGCGCCCGCAACUCAAGGCGUUCUUCGACUUCGGGCAGGAGUGGCGCCGCAACCACUACCCGCUGUACGUUCCGACGCUGGAGCACACCAAGGCUGUCAGCGAGCGCCGCAAGGCUUUCCGCGACGCGUCCCCCCACGCACGGCCGGCUCAGCCGCGCCGGGUCACCAUCCUCCGCUCGAUGGCUGUCGAUGUGGUCGUCCGCUCCGCCCGCAUGCAGGCUCGCGCUGCCAAGGGAUUGUGGCUCGGGUGGGACAUGGGCCAGGUAUACGCGUACCGGAAUGGUUCACCGGACCAUCUACAGUUCGGUCUGCAGGUCGCGCCGCAGAUCGUAGGCGCGUAUCACUCUGCCAAGCGCGUCAAGACCAAGGAAUCAUCUGUCAUCCAUCUCCCGUCCAUUACUGUCACUGCGACGUACCGCGACCCGAAGCGCUACCCGUCACUCUCUGCCAAGGUCAAGUUGGGCAUGUUCACGGGUAUCCUCAAACCGGCGGUGCUAGACCGUCUGCUCUCGUUGCACCAACGCCUCGGCAACGAUGUGCUCGCCGUCAUCCGUGAGGUGCGGGGCUCGAAGGACUCAACGCCUCAUCUGGAUGUGCCGACCUCGCUUCCUCCCAAACCGACGAGGUCGCCUCUCGUUUUCCGCAUCCAGGCGAGUGUGGACGGCGUCCGAGUCGGUCUCCGUGCCGACAACGUCACCCCGACUCUCAUGUUCGAGGCGCUCCGCCUCCAAGGCUCAGCAUCGAACGUCGAGGCGUCCAAGCUCCAGUGGACAGCCAAAGCCAACCACGUCGGCCUAUCGAUCAUCCGUAUGGCCGACGGGCCGUCGUACCAGGCCGCCGAGCCGCUACGCGGAACGCGCUCCGUCUCCAUGGUGCUCGACGUGUCGGCGGAAGAGACUCCAGGAACUCACCGCACGCCGUCCAAGCUCAACAUUACGUUCUCGCGUGUGCAUACAGUCAUGCACGUCGCGGCGUUGAGCGAGCUGGGUGACCUGAUCAGAAGCUGGUCGUCUGAUAUCGCCGUGCUACGCAAAGCGCAUCGCGAAGAGGUCGCAGAGGUCAAGGAGCAUACGACGCGCGUGCUCAAGAAGCUUGACGCUGCUCACAAGGAGAAGGACCGGGAGAGAGCGAAGGAACUCGAGCCGCCCUGCCCGAGUGUGAGCGGCAUGCCGGAAGGCAGCGCGGCGAUCGAAACGUGGUUUGCCUCGCGCGUCCUCACCCUUGAGGUCACGGGUAUCGGUAUCGCCAUUCCGUUAGAUGAAGGCGCCCCAAUCGACGUGGCCAAGCGAGCUGGUGGUACUGGACCCGCGCUGUUAUUCUCGGUCCGGUUUAUCGGUCUCACGACCAGCCGAACCGAGACGGUGCGAUUCCGCGUGCAGCAGACGUUACUCGGAUUUGUGGACCAGUUCGACUCUGGUCUUUCAGAGAGCUUCCAGGGCACGUAUCACCGCUCAACUAACUAUAUGGAGCUGCCGUCAAUCGAGGCCGAGGCACAGCUGACCUCCACGCCCUGCUCGCUUCACGUCUCUGCCAACUGCACGGCUUCCGACUUCAAGCUCUCCCUCACGCCCGACAUCGCCGACGGGAUUGCGCGUCUCACCGACCUCUACGAGCACGGCAAAGUGCAUCUGUCCGUCAUGGAGCGCGACUACCGCGCCGAGUGGGCCAAGUUUGAGGAACCAGGCCAGUCGGUCGACUCGCUGGCUGAGAAGUAUGACUUGCCUUCCGACCACGACGCACGGAGUCCCCACAAGGUCCACAUCCAGGUGUCGUGCCGUUUCGAUAGUGGUGUCGUCGAAUUGCAUCGCAGUAAGGACGCUGCGCACGCGGCCAAGGAGCGGAGGAUGUCGGUGCACCAGAAGACCAGGCGAUGGGCCAAGGAGGCACAUCUGGACAAGUUCACGCUCCCAACGGUCUCGGUGUACGCCGAUUAUUCUAGCACAGAGAAUAUCGAGGACCACCAGCGCACGCUGCUCUUCAACCUCGCCGUGCAUGAGAGCCGCAAUGUGAUCCACCCCACUAUUCUCCCCUUCUUCGUCGACGUGGUCACACGCCUUGAGCGUAGAGCCGAGUCGCGGCCGGUGCCAGCGGAGCUACCUAAGCCCUCGACCGAGUCGACAAUGCCCAUUACCGAACGUGCCCUUGAGCGCAUCGCCGACGCCCCGACAGGCAAGCUCCGAUUGCGUGUCACGCUACGCAUUGACCGUUCUGAGCUGCGCCUGUCGUGUGCACCCGACUCGAGUGCGUACGUGGACCUGAAGUGGGAGAGCGGUGGCUUCGUCGCGUCAACUUUACUUGGCGGAAAGGACACGACGACGCUCGCCGGUUCAAUCUCGGGCGUCACAGCAUACCUAUCCCACGAGUUUGCAGAUCAAGGUCAGGGCUGCAUCGAGGCCGGAGCAAAGGACCUCGUGUUCAACCUCACUCUCUGCGACGCCGCCGACUCGCUACAGCGCGGCCUCUCCGUCGUUGUCGACACGCAAGUGGGCGCCAAGUUCCGCCUCGACGCCUUCAGCGCCUGGCUCAUCUUCAUGGCCGUGUGGGUCGAUGCUGCACCCAAGUUUGAGAUCAAGAAGCCGGCUGAGACUGCGGCUCCUACAACUCUCCCGGUCCACCCGGUCGCGAGCACCAAGCUGGGCGUGGCGGUGGUCCUGCGCUUCCGCAGCAUCGACUUUGACGCCAACGUCUCCGUCACGCAAGCGCGCCUCGAGAUGACGCCAAUCAUCAUCAGCACCGUGUCCGAUGGCGAGCAGUCCAAGCUCGACCUGAACAUCGGGACUACUGUCGUGACUGCCGAAGGUGACAUCUCUGGCAACCUCCGCUCCGAGAGCCUGAAGUUCACUACGGUCCGUCGUUCAACUCGCGCCACAAUCCGCCCGGAUGACGCCCAGCUGCUCCAGAUGAAGAUCGAGGGUGGCGACCUGAGCGGCAACCUUUUUAUUGCUGGGACGAACAUUGUUCGCUUCCAGCUCGAGCCUUCGGUUGUCACGCUCACGGACGACUGGAUGGAGCUCACAACCGACCCCUCUGGCAAGGUGCAUCUGGACUUCAUCGUCAACGCGGGCAAGUUCUCGGGCGUGCUGCGUCUGCCAGCCAUCCCCCGCCUUCUGGGCAACUUCUACAGCAUCUUCGAUAUGGCCGACGUGCAAAGACGCAUUGCGUCGCAGCGCUCUGAGGCGUUCAAGCGGCGCCAUAAGCGCACCUCGGACCAGACGCCGACUACGACCGUUGUGCUGCCCGUGAAACUGCGGGCCGACCCCACCAGCACGCGCGACCACGUGCGCACAGCCCAGCGCAUGCGGUUCGAGCUGGCCGGCCUCGACGUCGGCAUCAUCUCGGACGACUAUGACGACAGCUACACUGUCGCAUUCUACCGCUUCUUCAUCGGCACGGUGCGCGCGGAGCUGUUCCGACAGGGUUCGGAUGCAGGGCUCCCUCUUCGCGAGCUUAUCCUGUACAUCGACUUCCUGCAGUGGCAGUCGGCAGACGGGAACCGCGUUACCCGCUUCGAGACACAUGAGAUGAGCGCGCGCGAGCUCAUCGACCGCGCCGUUGCCAAGGGAUGGAACAACGUCGCAAUGUUCCCCAAGAUGAAUCUCAAGAUGGACUCGACCGAGCUCCCGAACCCCAAGACAGUCGAGUACGACUUUGACGUGUCUUGGGGCGACACAGACGCCGAUAUCAAGAUCAUGCCCAACUUCCUCAAGUCGGCGUUCAACUCGUUCCGCAAGCUCAUCCGAGGCAUCGAUCAGCAGCAGCUCGACCGCGCCAAGCGCCGUGGCGACGUGCGCUCCAAGCUGCGCGACGAGCCGGUGCAGGUCGACGAGAUCGUCCGCAGCAAGUACCACCGCCGUGGAGAGGGACCCUUCAACAACCCCGUGCCCAAGCUACGCGCGAUGGGCGACGUGACUGGCGACGCCGCGAUGAUGGUUCCACAGAUCAAGCAGGCGCUCGCUGAACUGCCGGCCUACUCGCACCGCUUCGUUACUCUUCCCCUCGAAGAAGGUAUGGACCUGCUGCUCCAGCUGUACGAGCGCCAGUUACCUGCCGUCAGCGAGGACGAGACCUAA